GAACACCGUGAGUACUGCACCGAUCAUCCCGACAUACUGCAGUGGAAAGAAUGGCGGCGGCGGCUGACACGUAUUUCGUCACGCUGGGGAUGUUCAUCAUCGAUGAGUUUGCGUUUUGCGAUGAGAAUGGGGUGGAGACGGGGAAGAGUGUGAUGCCGCAGAUUGGAGGAGGCGGGACGUAUGCUGCCAUCGGGGCUCGUAUCUGGCUGCCUCCCCACGAUCUAGGCAUGAUCAUCGACAGAGGCAACGACUUCCCGCCCUCCAUCCAAGCCAAGCUAUCCUCCUACAGCUCCGACAACGGCAUGUGGCUCUUCCGCGACCACACCGACCGCGGCACCACGCGCGCUCUCAACUCGUACAGAGGUGACCAUAGAGGGUUCUUAGCCUUCAUUUUACACCGCGCAGUGGAUCUAUCUGAGCUGUUCUUCCUUUUUUUGUUUGGCAUGCGGAUCACGCCCCGUGAUUUGGAGGGCACGAGGAAGGCAAGGCCGAGGGCGAUGCAUUUUAUUUGUUCGCCCGCGCGGGCGUUGGAGAUCAUCAAGGAGGUGCGGGAGGUGGAUGGGUGGGAGCCUGUGAUGAUUUUUGAGCCUAUACCUGAUAGAUGCAUACCAGAGGAACUGCCUGCUUUGAUCAGGGCAUUGCCGUCUAUAUCGGUGCUCAGUCCCAACGCAGAAGAAGCCCUGAGCCUUCUAUCGUUGCCGACAGACGCAGUUAACAAAGACGUCGUCGAAGAAGCUGCUAGGCAGUUCUUGGAGUUGGGGGUUGGGGAUGGGGGUAGGGGCUGUGUGAUUAUCAGAGCGGGGCCUCUAGGAGCGUUUGUGACUACGCGAGAGAAAGGGGGUUGGUGGAUCGAUGCGUUUUGGACUAGCGAGGAUGCUAGGAGGAUUGUAGACGUAACUGGUGCCGGUAAUAGCUUUCUAGGAGGCCUCGCGGCAGGGUUAUUCGAAACUAACGGAGAUGUCUAUAAAGCAACCUUUUACGCAUCAGUAUCGGCAUCAUUCACAAUCGAACAAGAAGGUUUACCCCAUCUUUCCAAUCGUCCUGGGGGCAAUAGCGCGAUAGAGAUAUGGAAUGGGGAUUCCCCCAGCAGGCGACUUGAAGAGCUACUCAAACGUCAUGGAAGCUUUGCUUGAAUAGAAGAGAACAUUAUGUACACCGUGCCGAUUGUAGUAAAGACGUUACGAUAAGAUACAGAGAGGGGGAGGUUUGGUUUUACACGUUGACGUGCCGCGAAACCACGUUCAUUGUUGUGCAAACCUUGCUCGACUGGCUGCAAAAAGUUCUUCUUGUUUUGCCAAUAGCUCUU